UCUGUUCAACCAAAAGCUCCGUUUCGGCAAUGCCGGGAAGCUCCCCUCUCUCCCUCCAUUUCCGUUCAGUAGAGUUCUUAGUCCAUCGCUGAACAACAACCAGCUUCUUCCACCCAUUCUCGAGCUUCUUAUUCUCGAUGUUCAGAUAAGAAUUCAUAUGCAAUAUCAAUGGCGAGGAGAUCAGUAGCAUUCCCGUUCUCGCGUCUUCUCCUCAGUCAUGUCUUCAAGAACCCUAUGGACGCCAUAUUCCAUGGAUUUCCCCCUUCCUCUCGAAACCCAAAUCUCUCUCUUCUAGGCGCACUCUUCUGUUCCACUUCCUCGUCCAGAGACGUACGGAACCUUCUUGCCGAGUUGAAGAUUGAGAAGCAGUUUAUGGAAUCGGUUUCGGAUGAGCAAUCGAUUGACGUGAAUAUAACAAGCAAUGUUAGAGAGAAUGGGCUCGAAGAAGCACUUUCUUUGUAUGAGGAAAUGGUUGGAAGUGGAAUCUUCCCUGAUGUAGUAACUUAUAGUUCCAUUUUAUAUGGUCUUUGUAAGCACGGGAAGUUGUCUGAAGGAAAACUGCUUUUGAGGGAGAUGGAAAAGAUGGGCAUGCAUCCUAAUGAUAUCUCAUAUUCUAUCCUUCUCGACGCAUUGUUUAAGGCUCGGAAAAUUAAAGAAGCAUUAAUGACACUGGGUUGUAUGAUUGUGCGUGGGAAUAGCUUUGAUCUGAUAGCAUGUACUGUUUUGAUUGAUGGAUUCUGUAAGAAUGGAGGAAUCAAAGAGGCCGAAUAUAUAUUCAACAACUUAUAUCAACUUAAUCUAGUUCCGAACUCUAUCACAUAUUCUGUUUUAAUCGAUGGACGUUGCAAGUUAGGAGACAUAAAUGGUGCUGAAUCUUCUCUGCAUGAGAUGGAGGAGAAAGAUUGUGUUCCUAAUGUCAUCACAUAUUCUUCUAUGAUCAAUGGUUAUGUGAAGAAAGGAAUGCUUUGGAAUGCAUUUAAUGUAUUGAGAAAGAUGGUACACAAAAAUGUGAUGCCAAAUAUAUUUACUUAUGCAAUUCUACUUGAUGGUUCUUUCAAAGCUGGUUGGCAAGAUAUUGCCCUUGAUCUUUACAACAAAAUGAAACAGAGAGGAUUGAAGGAUAAUGUUCUUAUACUGGAUGCUUUUGUGAACAACUUGAAAAGAAGUGGAAGGAUGGAAGAAGCUGAGGAUUUAAUUGCAAAAAUGGAAUCAGGAGGUUUAAUACCCGACCUUGUGAACUACACAAAUUUGAUGGAUGGGUUCUUGAAGUCUGGGAAAGAGUCAUCUGCUCUUAACCUGGCUCAGGAAUUGAUAUCCAAGAAUGUAAUGUUUGAUGUUGUUGCUUUUAAUGUCCUAAUUAAUGGUUUGUUUAAGCUUGGGAAAUGUGAUACUGAAUCAAUUUAUAAAGUAAUGGGGGAUUUGGGGUUAUCUCCCGACUCAGCAACAUACAACACCAUGAUAAAUGGUAAUUUUAAGAAGGGGAACUGGGAAACUGCCGUGCAAUUGUGGAAUGAGAUGAAGAGCAGAAAGUUGGUACCAAGUGCAAUCACAUGUAACCUUAUGAUAAACGGACUUUGUGAAGCUGGGAGGAUAGAAAAUGCAAUCAAUAUUGUGAAAGAAAUGGUUGUGAUGGGUUUGUACCCCACAUUAAUUACUUAUAGAAUUCUACUCAAUGCAUCCUCAAAGAGUAGAAGAGCUGACACUAUUUUACAGGUCCAUAAGUUGCUUGUGGAUUUGCACCUUGAAGUCAAUAAGGAUAUUUACAAUAUUCUCAUAAGCAACUUGUGCAAACUAGGAAUGACUAGGAAGGCAACUGCAGUGCUGAAGGACAUGGAGAAAAGAGGAAUUUUAGCUGACACAAUAACAUACAAUGCCCUGAUACAAGGAUACUGCAUUAGCAGCCAUCUGAAGAGAGCUUUUAUAACAUUUUCUACUAUGUUGUCUGAAGGAGUUUCUCCAAAUAUUGAAACUUUCAAUCUCCUUCUAGGUGGUCUUUCUAAAGCUGGGUUAAUACGCGAGGCAGAUGACCUACUCAACAAGAUAAAGAAACGGGGCUUAGUUCCCAAUGCUUGUACCUAUGAAACUCUGAUGUGUGGCCAUUGCAAGGUUGGAAAUACAAAGGAAGCUUUGAGAUUCUACUGUGAGAUGGUAAUUAAGGGAUUUAUUCCAAGAGCGGGCGCCUAUAACACGCUUAUUGGUUAUUUUUCCAAGAUGGGAAAAAUGAGCCAAGCCAAGGAGCUAAUGAAAGAGAUGCAGAGAAAAGGUGUAUCCCCCACUUCUUCCACAUAUGACAUACUGAUUUGUGGAUGGUGCAAACUGUCUAAAAUGCCAGAACUGGACAGGACAUCGAAAGUAUCAUACCGGGCUGAGGCAAAAAGAUUACUCAAUGAGAUGAAUGAUCGAGGAUUUGUUCCUUGUGAAAGUACUCUUUUUUGCAUCGGCUCUACAUUUGCUGCACCUGGGAAGAAGGCUGAUGCUCGUAUGCUAUUGAAGAGCACAUUCAGGAGAAGGCGUGAAUGAGGCAAUGUUACUCAUCAAGUCUCCAUCUCAUUUGUGCAACCCUCUCAAUUAUCUAUGAUCAUCACCCAUCAUUAUUGAGGCCUACUGGGGUGAGUUGAAGAAGUUGAAACUUCACAUAUAAACGAGAGCUACAGUUGUGCAUGCGCUCGGGAAUCUACUGGUAUACUCAGGACGUGUUAAUAUGUUGGUUCAGAAAGUUAAAGUUCUUGAAAGGAACUGUUUGAAAGUGGGAAAGAUGAAAAACGGUGAAAUAGAAUUGUGCAUUCAAAAAAGUGGCGAGAAUACUUCUUGUAUGGUCUUCUUUGCUUACAAUGCAUGAGAUUCAAGGCGUUUCCAAAGCAUUUCAUGGGAGCUUCAAGGGACAGUUUGCUUCGAGUUGGUUGGAGAAAGUCUGAAUUCACUGGGCAUAACAGAUUUUCUGAAACUGUACAAGCUUAAUGAGAGCAUGUCAUGGUGAUGGAAGGAAGGAUAUGGAUAAAUAGUAAACAGAAAGUGAAACUCCAGGCAGAUAUUUGAAGUUUUCUGAAUGUUGAUGCAGAAUUGUGGUUGCGUUGAAGUGGCAAAAAUUGAGGUCUAUGUUGAUAUAAUUUAGAGUUCUCUUUCAAGUUGGCUACAAGAAAGCGAAAGGGAAAGGGAUUUGUAAUCUCUCUUAUAUUUGGGUACUUUCGACAAACAUUGGUUUGCUCCCCAUCUUCUGACAAAUUGGUUCAACAUUUGUGAGAUCUCACAUCGGUCGGUUAGAGAGAGAACGAAGUGUUCCUUGUACGAAUGUGGAAAUCUCUCUCUAGCAGACGCUUUUUAAAACCGUGAAGUUGACGGUAAUACGUAACGGGCCAAAACAGACCAUAUCUAUUAGUGGUGGGCUUAGGCUGUUAUAUGUAUGGUAAGGAAACUUGUAGGAUUUUAAUAGUUUAGGAAGAUUUGGCUAUCAUAGGAUAUGUGUACGUUCUCCUAAGAUUCCAAUUCUUUUUCGUGUCCUAA